AUGAAAAGUCGCAGGUAUGAUUACCACACAGCAGUGGACAGACCCCGUGGUUACUCACAUCCUAUUUCUCUUCUUCCAUACUUCUGCAGAAAAGAGCGAAAGGAAAUCUCAGUGUAUUUGCAAAGGCUCAGAAUCCAGGAAUGUCAAAUCUUUCAUUAUCAAAAGGAAAACAGCAGACAAAAAUAUGCUGGCAGAGCUGUACCAGUAUCCACAGUUUGACGACUCUAAGCCAAACAACCUUCCAAAUGGGGUGGACUUCUAUGACAUGGUGGGCAAUGUGAUCCAGGCUGAGAGAAGCCCCCUUAGUGGCAAGCCAAAGAAGGAAGUCCAGAGCAAGCUGUUCGACCGGAUAGCCCAGCACUAUGCCUUUCUUUUGUCUGGUGAAUCCAGGUCCCACUACGAAGAGGCUCUCUUAAAAAGGUUGCCAUCACUUCUGAGUAAAGCCCUGUACACCAGCUUCUGCUGCUGCUUCCCUCAGUCCUGGUUCAACACUCACGAAUUCAAGUCUGACAUCUGUAACACCAUGAGCCUGUGGAUUUCAGGUAUAUAUCCUUGCCCACACAGCUAUAAUAGCUGGGACUACUCGAAACUGGAUCCAGAGAGAUUCCGGAGAGAAGAAUUAAUGUUGCAGAGAAAAAGACUGCUGAAGGGAGAUACUCCGGCCGGAAGUCCCCCCAGAGCAGGAAGGUCUGCUGCCCUCAGAACCUCUUUUGCCCAGAAGAAUUCAAUGGAUGGCUCACAAAUACAGAAUACCUCAAAAGAGCAUAAUUAUCAGACUCUGGUCUUGAGGAAAGCAACACAACAAGUCAAAAGGAUAUCAGCAGCAAGAGAACUUGAGAAUAUGCUUCCUAAGCCGUCUUACCCUGCCUGCAAAAGCCCUGAGAUGACUUCAAACCUCUUCAACAUUUAUGGGAAGAGCCCUCUGAUUGUAUACUUCCUCCUGAACUACGCCUCUCUGCAGCAGCCUGGCAAAGACGUGUUGAUGGUCAGGAGGGAAAAAACCAAGAGCAUCCCUGAGUCCGCCCUGACAUACGUUGAGGUCAUCAGUCUGACCCUGAGCAACAUGAAGAAGCGGAGGGACGACCUCCACCAGCUGAACCGGCUUCACUGGAGUGCGUGGAAUCAUUUCAGUGCAUACCUGAAGGAGCUGCACAACAACUUCCGCAGGGAGGUGAAGAAUAUUGAUCAAAGAGCAAAAGACAAAAAACAGGCGAACCACAUGUUCAUCCAGGCUUCAACCUUCAUUGAGGACUCCCCUGAAAAGAAAUCUAGAAGAAGCCAUCAGGGGGAGAUUGCGUCUUUUGAGGUUUGUUUGAAUGAAGACCGUGGGAAAAGUAGAAAUGUGAACACUUUAGGAAUUCUUAAUACGAAGGAAAAAGAGGAGAGGGAAAGAGAAUGGAAACAGAAGUUGAACUACUCUUCCUUCUCACCAUCAAGCCCUGAUGAAUUCUAUUCCCUGGAACUAAGAAGCCCCUACAAAAUCUCUGAUAUUUCUGCUACCAGGUAG